AUUAUGCAGAAAUUUAAAAAAAAUUGCAUAAAAAUUUGGAAAAUUAAACUUAAAAAAACUUUGAGAAAAAGUUUCGAUCUCUUAUAAAUCGAAAGAACCAAACACUCAAUCAUUAAAAAAUCUUACCCGGAGUACGCGCGCAAGCCCGCGUCGUCAACGAGAGCUUCCGUUUCCCGGACGACGGGAAGACACCGUGGGAGCACAACAAUCGACCAAGUCGAGCCGAGCCGAGCCAAGCCGUGGACGAGGAUUCGCUGUCGUGAGGAAGAUGUCGUACGUCGAGCAGCCGUCACUCGGGCGGGAGAUCGCGGUGCCGGCCAGGUUGCCGAUGAUCCUGAAGCAGUUCUGCAAGGCCGCGAUACGCACGCAGCCUUACGAUCUGCUCAAGUGGUCCGGCUCGUACUUCCGCGCGCUAGCUGACGGCGAGGAGCCGCCGGUCAAAUCGCGGCUCGAGUACCCGCCGUCGAGUACGGCCUCCGGCCUGACCCUGGGUUUCCUCAGGGUGCUGCUGCGACAGUUCGGAAAUUAUAACAAGACACUGCCGAUCGAGAUAAUUUCACGUCACUGGGAGUGUCUCUGCCUGGACCGCAGGGACCUCGAUACGAUCCUCGCGAUCGGGGGAUUCCGUCGCACCUGCCAGGUAAAGAAGUUCCUCGCCAUAGCGGUCGGUUUGCUCGGCGCCAAUCUCACCGAAACGAUGAUUAUGAUUUGCCAGUUGUUCAGCCAUGAGCCAGACGGCGGAUCCGCGAUGAUUCCGCUCACUUUGUUUAUAGAGAUAUAUGAGUAUUUAGCGGGACUUGCGUGCGAUGGCAGCGAGAAAGACAUAUUCGAUCAAGGCACAACGGAGCGUACCGCGUGUAAAGAAAGUUCUGUCGAUCACACUUGCUCCAUAAACAGUCAAGAUACCGACGUGGACAUUAAUCUGGAUUCGGAAUUGAUGUCGAAGGAGGAGGUCGAUCUGUCGAAGACCGAUUUGUCGACGGAACCGAUAGAGAACAGUUCACUCGAAAGAGAAGCUACUACCAAUGAAGAAAACGAAAAUGAAUCUCUGACUAGUCAAAAAGACGGCAAAGAUACGAUUGGUAAGAAAUUCUGCGGGGUGAAAGACGUUAAUAGUGAUGGAAGCCUAUCCUCUGGAGUAGAGAAACAUACGAAAAUUACGUAUUAUCCAAAUGUGCCAGGUAUAGGACCUCGUGUGUCGACUGAGCGAGUUACGAACGUAGCGGCAUGGAUGCUCGAGUGCGCGAGGUUACAAGAAGGUAUGGUCGGACCACGAAAUAUCCGACACACAAAUUGCCCAUCCUUGCACGAACGAUCGAUGUCAAAAUCAUGAUAGCGUCUCGUUAUUUAAUAAUGUAUACGGAGAAUGCCGUGAAACAUGUAUUAACUCGCAGGAUUAAGAACUUCGAUCUUAAGACAUAAGUAUUAUUUGCAGUCUUGAUUCAACAUUUUAUUACACAUAAUUGAAUCUCUUAUUAAAAUUUAAUUAUAUAAAAAAGCAUAUA